AUGGAGCAAGAGAUAAGGAACGGAGUUGAAUCGUUAUUUAAUUUUUUGAACACUCAGGUGAAUAGUCUCAACGAUGGUAAUGAUGGAAAUACGAACAACGAUUUUAGGAUUUACACUUUCAGAAAUGAUGGAGGAGUAACCGCCACAGAAAGUACGUCUCAAGAAAAUGACCCUGUAACCUCUAUUUUUAACCUUAUGGAAACACUACGUAAUGCAAGCAAUAAUUUACCAGGAGAAGGAAAUCCCGGAGUUAAUGGGGAAACUACAAGGAGGACACACCACGAUGGAGAUGAUGGAUCAAAUACUACUACAAAUUAUGGGAACAGCUUGGCUGAUUAUCUCACUAACAUGGUAGGUAAUUUCUCCAAUCUAUUUAUGGGGCAAACACGUCCCCAAGACAGUUCAGAGGAUCUAAGUCGGGAGAUAGAUUCAACACCUGAUGAUACAACUGCAAACCUCAGAAACGUUCCAUUGAGUGCCUUGAUGAGAGAAAUGGCAUCGAGAUUUAUACCAGAAAAUUUUGAUAUUAUUACAUCUCAAAGAUCAGCAGCUAAACCAUGUACCAAUGAAUUUAUCGAACAAUUGCCUAGAACGAAUUGUGCUGAACUUUCAAAUUCCAGCGAUGAGUGUCCUAUAUGUCGUAUAGCAUAUUCUGAUGACUUUGAAACUGAGAUCACAUGUUUGCCCAACUGCUCCCAUCACUUCCAUUUUGAAUGUAUUAAACUAUGGCUCCAAAAGAACUCUCUUUGUCCAUUGUGCAGAGAUAAUGUUAUGGAAUGUAAGGCCGAAACUACAGAGGAAGAUUUAGAAUGGGAUUUGGAUUGA